AUGUCGGACGAAGUGGUGACUAAUCGAGCUGUUACUUACGCUAACAAUACAACACCUGCUACAAUUACGUCUUCGAAGCUGGAUUUAAAAACCUGUUAUAAAAAUAAUGAACUUGUGAUCGAGGUCCAUGCUGCUGCUUUGAACCCGAUUGACUUUAUUACUCACCAGCUCUGCAACUCUUAUAUAUUUGGAAACUAUCCAAAGACCUACUCAAGGGAUUACAGUGGCGUAAUAGUUAAGGUGGGCAAAAAUGUUGAUAAGUGUUGGAAAGUUGGCGACAAGGUGAACGGUGUGUAUGGCCAUAUCUACGGUAAGCGCGGUUCUUUGUCCCAUUUUUUAAUACUUGACCCUGCUAAAAAUGUCACCAUCACUCAUAUGGUAGAGGUUCCUAAGGGCGAAAACGACCCUUAUGACGACUUUGUAUAUGCAGCCGCCUGGCCCUUAACUUUUGGGACUGCUUAUUCGGUCUUGCACAAUUACAAGAAAAAAUGGAGCCCUGAUUCAAAGGUCUUGGUCAUCGGCGCCUCGACAUCCGUGUCAUAUGCUUUCGUCCAUAUUGCAAAGAACUACUUUAAUAUCGGUACUGUAGCUGGUAUUUGUAGCAAAAAUUCCAUUGAACGCAACAAGAAGUUAGGUUAUGACUACUUGGUGCCAUACGAUGAAGGAACCAUUGUUGAUAACGUCAAGGCAUUAAGAAAAAGCAAAUUGGAAAACGAAAAAUUUGAUUUUAUUUUCGAUUCAGUUGGCAAUCAUGAUUUUUUUUCUGUUAUGAACCAAUUUUUGAAACCUAAGGCGGAUGAUUCCUUUUACGUUACCAUUGUAGGGAAUGAAAAGGCCAAUUAUGAAAAUAUAUCUUGGAAAAGUUUUAUCUCCUUGGGAAGCAUAUCAGCAGCCCUUAAUCCGUUCAAAAGUUUCAACUGGCGUUUUGCUUCGCCAACGCCCUCCAACAACUUCAUUGAAGUUGGUAAUGAGAUGAUUAAAAACGGUACCUAUAAACCACCUAUUGAUUCUGUUUACGAGUUCGAAAAAUUCCAAGAUGCCCUUGACAGAAUAAAGUCUAAUAAAGCGAAGGGCAAAGUCAUCAUUAAAAUGAAAUGA